GCUACAUCCUAGCUUCUAUCGAAGGCCGGGUUGCUGUCGAGUUCCUCGAUGUGCGUCCAGAGGUCCAGGCCAGGAAAUACGCGUUCAAGUGUCACAGAAUAAAGAAUCCGGAUGGCAAACCAGAGUCAACGUAUCCGGUCAAUGCCGUGGCGUACCACCCCAAAUAUGGGACAUUCGCAACAGGAGGCUCGGAUGGGUUUGUGAAUGUGUGGGAUGGCGAUAACAAGAAGCGCAUCUGUCAACUGCGAAGAGUCUACCGCGCUGGAUCUGCAAUCAUGGAUGCAUACGUGCACAUGGUUGGCGUCCACAGGGGUUAG